AUGGACUUUCAGAACAGAGCUGGAGGAAAAACGGGAAGCGGAGGAGUGGCUUCGGCCGCCGAUGCUGGUGUUGAUCGACGGGAACGGCUCCGCCAGUUGGCUCUAGAGACAAUUGAUCUUCAAAAGGAUCCGUAUUUCAUGCGAAAUCACAUUGGAACGUACGAAUGCAAGCUGUGUCUUACUCUUCACAACAAUGAAGGAUCUUAUUUGGCACAUACACAAGGAAAGAAGCAUCAAGCGAAUCUUGCACGGCGUGCCGCUAAAGAACAAUCUGAACAACCAUUUCUACCAGCUCCACAGAAAGCUGCAGUUGAAACUAAAAAGUUUGUGAAAAUCGGACGUCCUGGAUACAAGGUAACAAAAGAACGUGAUCCAGGAGCUGGCCAGCAAGCACUUCUCUUCCAAAUUGAUUAUCCGGAGAUUGCUGACGGUAUUGCGCCACGUCAUCGAUUUAUGUCUGCUUAUGAGCAAAAGAUUCAGCCUCCAGACAAGAGAUGGCAAUACCUCUUGUUUGCUGCUGAGCCGUAUGAAACGAUUGGAUUCAAAAUUCCAUCAAGAGAAGUUGACAAAUCUGAAAAAUUUUGGACGAUGUGGAACAAAGACACGAAGCAAUUCUUCUUACAAGUCGCAUUCAAAUUGGAACGACUCGAUGAUCAGCCGUACUAUUGAUACUCUAUGUUUUUAUCUUUUUGAUUUCAAAAUUCAAAACAAUUUUUUCGUGUUUUUCGAUGAUCUAACAAUAAAUUAUUUUCCUUUUUUUU